GGGUGAAUAAGAAUAAGAAGAACAAAUAUGAGCCUAGGCUGUGAUCUCACCGUUCUAGAAGAGCUAACAUCAAACGCGAAGCAAAUACAAGAUGAUGUAUUGAACAAGAUACUCAAUGCUAACGCAAACACAGAGUACCUCAAAAGGUUUCUCCAGGGGAGCUCUGAUAAAGAGCUGUUCAAGAAGAAUGUACCGGUGGUGAGCUAUGAAGAUGUUAAGCCUUAUAUCGAUCGUGUUGCAAAUGGAGAACCCUCUGAUAUCAUUUCCGGCGAACCCAUUACUGCGUUUUUCCGAAGCUCCGGAACUACUAGUGGGAAUCAAAAGAUAUUUCCUGCGAACAACAUCACUUUUGAGAAUAUUCUAUUCGCCUUUUCCCUAAGCUCGGUCGUUAUGUCCAAGCAUGUUGAGGUUUAUAAGCAAGGAAAGGUGAUGAGCUUUACGUUCACUCAGACAAUAUCCACAACUCCUUGUGGUUUGCCUCUUGCUCCCGGGUUAACAAGCUUCAUAAAGAGCGAAUAUUAUAGGAGGCUCGCUAAAAAUAGUACAAGCCCUUACCAGAUCAUACUGUGUCCGGACACCAAACAAAGCAUGUACUGUCAACCCUGUGGUCUUGUCCAGAGAGACGAGGUUGUAAGCGUGGGUUCAGUAUUCGCUUCUGUCUUGGUUCAAGUUAUCCAUUUUCUUGAAAACUACUGGAAAGAGUUGGCUAGUAAUAUAAGAUCCGGUCAUGUCAGCGAGUGGAUCACCGACCUUAGUUGUAGAGAAUCUGUCUCUACCAUCCUUGUUGAGCCAAAUCCUGAGUUGGCAGAUCUAAUCGAAAACGAGUGCGGACAAACAUCUUGGCAAGGUAUAGUUACACGACUUUGGCCUAAAGCCAAAUGCAUGGAAGCUAUUAUUACAGGAAGUAUGGCUCAACACAUCUCAGCGUUGGAGUUCUACUCUAAUAAACUGCCUCUAGUUUCCCCAAUUUAUGGAUCGUCUGAAGCAUUUUUUGGGCUAAAUUUGGAACCUCUAUGCAAGCCACAACAUGUGUCCUACACAUUUCUACCCAACAUGUCAUACUUCGAGUUCAUAGAUGUUGAUGUCGAAGGAGGAACCACGUCGGGAGAGGUUCUGGAUCUUGUGGAUGUAAAGUUAGGUCGGUACUAUGAGCUCUUGGUCACAAACUUUUCCGGUUUACACAGAUGUAGAGUGGGAGAUGUUUUAGAGGCCACUGGGUACUACAACAAGACACCACAAUUCAGAUUCGUACGUAGGAAAACUACGGUUUUAAGCGUUCAUCUAGAGCCAACGACUGAAGAAGAUCUUUUAAAGGCGUUGGCUCGUGCCACAGUAAUUCUUGAAUCUUUGGAAUUAAUGUUGACAGGUUUUACAUGCUAUGGGGACGUCUCCACUGUACCGGGUCACUACGUUUUUUACUUGGAACUCAAAGCCAAAGUCAACAAUAACAGCAUUGAUGAUGAAGUACUUGAUAACAAGGUAUUGGUGGAAUGUUGUCGUGUCAUGGAGGAAUCAUUAAAUGGUACUUAUAGACGUUUCAGGAGGAAAAAUGGAUCGAUUGGAGCUCUAGAGAUAAGAGUGGUGCAACAAGGAACGUUUGAUUCUCUCAUGGACUUUUUUGUCUCCCGAGGUUCUUCUAUAUCUCAGUACAAGACACCUAUGUGUAUAAACUCUGCUGAGGCUUUAAAGGUUCUUGAAGACAAGGUUCUUGCUCGGUUCUUCAGCGACAAAUCCCCUCCUAUCUGAUCCAGAUAUGAUGAUGACCACCGGUGAGAGUGGUUUGCGUGUUUAUAAAUUGCUUGUGGUUUAUUUAUUGUGUGUUUUUCUCCUUUUGUCGUUGUGUGUUAAUGUUGUGGGUGAUUCAGUUAAGUGUGAUUGAUGCAUUUAAAAAAAAAAUUCAUAACUGUGUGAUGAAAGCCAUAAUUGGAAGGCACUGAUCAAUGAGAAUGUCUUGGUAAGAGUGGUCUAUUCACAAAGAAAUCUCUACCAGCCAAAUCAAAUCAAAUCGUUUUCCAUGCUUGACAUUUUGAAAACUAUAUAUAAAUAAAAUCAGAUCGUUUUCACACGACAUUUUGAAAAAACUUUUGCAUCUAAAACUGAAUCAGGGAUAUUGGCAAAUAUCCAAAUCUGGUUAUACAUUAAACUAGGUUCUUUGAAUAGAGAUCCACU